AUAUACGAUAAAUAUAUAUAUACGCGACUGAAUUAACCAACUUACACUACUAUUAUAUUCAUCUCCGAAUUGGCAUCACAGUCAAUAUUCUGUUUGAGCGUUUGUCUAUUCCGCGUAUCCCUCAUCACUGUGUGCUUAGAUCCAAUAAAGACUCGGAUGAAAAUGCCACCUUGGACAAUUUUGCUAGCUAUUCUUUUAGGCUACGUAAGUCUCAGUCUGCACUAGCCAGCAUUUCGUUCCAUCUAAAUAGAUAUCUAGGUCUGUUGCAAAAUCGUGUACAGACUUACGUUACAUCCACUUGCAAAAUAUCCUGGGCCUUUUCUUGCCAAGGUUACAAGUCUCUACUCUGCAUACCGCGGAUGGCAUGGCGACAUUCAUCUAGAUAUUGUAAGAUGCCAUAGCAAAUAUGGUCAGUACCUUUGUCCAGAUAACAUCUCUAUUGGCACAGCAAAAUAAUUCAAUGAAUAGGAGUGUUCGUUCGCUACGGCCCGAACCGUCUUAUGGUCAAUACGAGUCGCGGACUACAUGGUAAGAUCUCUCCUUCCAAAAACACCUAUGAUGACCAGUCUAUUAAGAAGAAUUAGAUGUCUAUGGAUAUGGCAAGAACGUUAGAAAAUCAAAGUCCUACCUUUCGAUGGUGCCAGACAAGCAUGCAUGGAGCAUUCUGACAUUGAUCGAUAAGAAGACCCACCUUGAACGACGCAAAGUCAUGUCGAAAGCUUUAUCCGACACUGCUUUGAAAAGCUUUGAGCCUGAAAUGCUCAACCAUAUGGAUGUGUUCCAUGAGCAGGUAGCAGUAGCAGAAGAUUCGGAAGGCUGGUCAGCUCCGAAAAAUAUGAGCGUCCUCUGUAAGUUCACAAGAAUUUAGAAUCACAGUGGACUAAUUGAACAAGGUAUGCGUCUCACAUUUGAUAUAAUGUGCGAAUUUGGGUUCGGGCAGAAGACAUCGCUGCAAACUGACCGCACACUAGACUUCAUACCUGAAGUUCUCAAAAACUACUCCUGGCGAAUGGGCAUCUAUGAACAGUACCCCAAACUUGCCAGACUGAAUGCGGAAGGAUUUGCUCGCAUACUGCGCAUUGGAAAUGACUUGCGAGAUAAAUUUGAAGAAUGGAGUGACAGGUUUUCCGAAGUUGUCAUGAAUCGACAAGAUGGUUUACCUAAAGGUCAAUUUGGCUUGAUUCGUGAUCUCAAAACCUCGAAUGGAAGCUUUCUUCCCCACGAAGAGUUGCUGGCUGAAGGAUCAUUCUUGAUUUUAGCAGGUUUGUCAUUUCUGCGAGCUCUGGAUUCUGUUAACUGGUGUUAAGGGUCUGAAACAACGGCAAUUACAAUGAGUGCCCUGUUUUUCUACCUGGCAAACAAUCAAAGCAUUUACGACAAGUUAGCUUCAGAAAUCCGCAGCACUUUCUCUGAUAUAUCAGAAGUAACCUCAGGAGAGAAGCUAUUAUCUUGCUCGUACCUUUCAGCUUGCGUGACAGAGACACUUCGCAUAUGUCCUCCUGUCCCUGGCAUACCAUGGCGAGAGGUUGAGGACGGUGGAGCUAUAGUAGACAAUCACUAUAUCACCACAGGACUAAAUGUAGGAGCGUAUGUAUACCGCGUCCAAAAUUCAACAGAAGUGAAACUAAUCUUCAUUCAAGAUCAAUGUAUUCUCUGCACCAUAACGAAACCUAUUUUCCAUCUCCGUACAAAUUCGACCCAAGUCGCUGGCUUGACGCUGAAGGUACUGAAAAACAAAAAAGUCUCGCUUAUACGGCAUUCAACCCAUUCUCUUUGGGUCCAAGGGGAUGUGCAGGUCGCUCGAUGGCCCUGCUAGAGCUCAAUCUCUUGGUCGCACGGACAUUGUUUUGUUUCGAUUUUCGGCUAGCUUCUGGACGAUUAGCAACUGUUGGGCGUGGACAUUCAGAUAAAGGUGGACUUAGGAGCCGUGAAAAUGAAUUUCAGCUUUUCGCUAAUAUAACGUCUUAUUGCGAAGGUCCUUGGAUUGUUUUCAAAAGGAGAGGAGUGGCUGGUUAG